AAUACUAAGAAAGACGACGAGAUCUGGGAAAUGCGAAUCUGAAGAUCUUCGAAUUGUGUGAUCUUCAUCAGAUCGAAAGGAGAAAUUGCGAAGUAUGGGCUGUUCGUUUUCGGGAUUGAACGCGCUUUACGACGCCGUCAACGGCGGAGGCGACGUGUGGAUCAAUGAGAAUCGGUUCAGAGUCGUGAGGCAGCUCGGCGAAGGCGGUUUCGCGUUCGUUUUUCUGGUUAAGGAGAUCGUCGCCGACGCUUCCGGUGGCGGUCUGGCGAAGAAAGUCAAGGAUCCGUCUCAUAUCUCCGUUGAUGGAACUUAUGCUGUGAAGAAAGUUCUGAUUCAGAACAAGGAGCAGCUAGAAUUGGUGCGGGAGGAGAUUCGUGUUUCGUCCUUGUUCAACCACCCUAACUUGCUUCCUCUCCUUGAUCACGCUAUUAUUUCUGUUAAGGACGGUCAAGGGGGAGCUCGGAAACACGAGGCCUUCUUGCUAUUCCCUGUUCACCUUGAUGGGACCUUGCUGGAUAACUCCACAUCUAUGAAGGCUAAAAAGGAAACAUUCUCAACAGCUGAUGCUCUGCAUAUCUUUCGUCAGCUUUGUGAUGGGCUCCAACACAUGCACUCUCUGGAGCCACCAUAUGCUCACAACGAUGUCAAACCUGGAAACGUGCUUUUAACACGUAGAAAAGGACAGCCUCCUCUUGCGAUUUUGAUGGACUUUGGGAGUGCUCGUCCAUCACGGAAGCAAAUCCGCUCCCGUCAAGAGGCCUUACAGUUACAGAUGUUCUCUUCUUGACAUUGUUCAGCACCGUUUCGAGCUCCAGAGCUCUGGGAUUGCCCAAGCCAUGCAGAUAUCGAUGAGAGAACAGAUAUUUGGUCUCUAGGCUGCACGUUAUACGCAAUAAUGUAUGGUAUGUCUCCAUUUGAAUAUGCACUUGGAGAAUCUGGUGGGAGUCUUCAGCUAGCAAUCGUGAACGCUCAGAUAAAAUGGCCAAACGCAGGACCAAAGGCUUCGUAUCCUGAAGCUCUUCACCAGUUCGUGACUUGGAUGCUGCAACCGCAGGCUGCGGUUCGACCGCGCAUUGGAGAUAUCAUCAUCCACGUCGACAAAUUGAUCGCGAAAUUUACCAAAUGAAUCAUUUAUUCUAGUGGUUUUUGAAAGAGGUAAAAGAAAUGUUCACUAGGUACAUUGGUACACAUAAACGCAUUGUCUCUCUCUUUUAUUUACAUGUUUAGGUAUUUGAUACAUUCUUAAUGUAAUUUAAAACUAUUAGCAUUUGUUGUCUUUUGUUUAUCUUGUGGUAACCAACAAAUGACUUAUGGACAACAUAUAUAUCCAUGUAAAAUAGUGUUUUUUUUUUAAUGUAAAA